AUGUACAUUUUCGGAAACACUGACGAGUACAACGACUUUCCGAGCCUGGAGGCUGCAGUCAACUCUGGCGCAGAGCAGAUGGUAAAGGACCCUGCAUGUUACUGUGCCGCUAGCAGAAAUUGCCAGUGGGCUGCUGGUCCUCUGGCGGGCAAGGUGCUUCCAGAAAUCAGGAGGGUUAUUUUUACCGGCUGUGCCGACAAAAUAUCGGUGUCCGAGGGCUUGCAGGCAGAAGUGGCCCAGAACAUAUCCGAGUUCUGCGGGCUCUUUCGGACCAUGCUCCCUGCAGCUAGCGACAUUGUCUUUCGGUUGGAUGCCGAUUCAGCGACUAUUUCCGAGCCAAACAUUGACCGCAUAUUCGAGCUGAUUACCAAGAGCGCCAAGGGGGUAUACUAUGUCAACAAAAACGUAUACGCUACCUCUCCGACGACAUCAAGCUGCCUCUCAAGUACCCGCAUCUUCAAAAGGCUUGUGUUCAAAAAAGUGCCCUGGGCACUGGUUGAGCUGCCCGAUGGCUUCAGUGCGCCAGAUGUGGUCCUGUUCCCUGAGCUCAAGUACUUGGAGUGCGACGACAAGUACCCGUACAAAUGCGACAUUUUGCUGCGUGGCAAUAGCCCGAAGAUACAGCACUUGUCGGCGCCGCUGUUUAGCGAGCUCCGCGAUGACUUUGUGCUUCGUAUCGCUAUGAACCCCUGGUAUUUCCCGAAUCUCUACCACAUCAACAUCGGACCAGUCAACAGUAGACACGGCAAGUUCGAGAAGGAGUCCCUGCAGGUCCUAAACCUGCUAUCGAGCCUGGCACCCGGGUUCCGCUCUCUUCAGUCACCGAUGCACCUGCCCGAAGGCUGUAGCCAUAUUUUGACCCUACUCGAUAACUCCAAGGUGCUGGAUAGCGUGCAGUCGCUGGACCUGCCCAACAUGAAGUUCACACAGGAUGGGCUAAUUAGCGUCAUUGGGUCGCUGCCACAGCUAGGUCAAGCUGAGGUGCGGGAUCGAGGAUUCCCGGCGGCAACCGCGUCGGCGAGUGGGCAAAUCGGGUGUCAAGUAUCUCUCUCGACGGCACACGAUCCUGCAAAGCUUAACGACAGCCUGUAUGUUGCAGAGCGCAUACUGGUUCUGGCGAUAUUGCUGCCAAUGAUGAAGCACGUUGUUGCCCGGGACGAGGGAGAGCGCUAUGAUAUUGAGAGGCAUAUGCCGGGACUGCUAGAGUCCCCUGUGUUUAGGAAUCAUGCUGGGCGUUUGGAAUGUGUCGAGUUCUCAGCGUCUUCUACAUGCUGCUCUGUGGUCAGUCAGGCUAGGGCAGAUGGCUUUGCGGCUUGA